ACUACGUACUGUAAUUGCGCCAGGGCGGGGAGUCAGGGAAAUAAGGUUUUAGAUUUGGGCCGCGUGCGAGCCUCGGACUGACGUUGAGGAAGGGAGCCUGACAAUCACGAAAUUCAAGAAACCUGUUCACGAACCGACACUAUCAAUCCGGUCUACCAGCGUAGCUCGAUACUCUGCGCAAGUUGAAGGCAGACAGUCGAGUGUGUAUAUAGAAGGCAGUGCGCACAGCGGCUAUUGAGAAUCAAACGACGCACUGAACGUACAUCUCAACCAUCGUCAUCACCAAUCCUGAUUCCAUCUCAUCCGACCGAUUUUUGAUCUACACGGAUCCAGAGAAUUAUGCCUGACGUAUUUAGAUCCGAGGUUAGAUUUCCAAUCUACGCGGUCUCGUUCGCGACCGAUUCGAAGCUCGUGGUCGCCGGCGGAGGAGGUGAAGGCAAGAACGGCGUUGCUAAUAAGAUUGCGGUUUUGGAUGUCGACUCGAAUGAAGGCACGAUCACGGUUGCGGAGGAAAAGAUUCUGUCGAAACAGGAGGAUGCGCCGAUGAGCUUAGCGAUUUCUGAAGCAGGAGUGAUUGCGGCAGGAAUCAAUUCCGGAAGCGAGGAGCAGAAGAAGGGAGUGAAUACCCAUCUACGUAUAUUCCAGCUCGAGAAUAACAAGGUUGAGCUGCAGAAUAAGAAGCAGCUGUUUGCCACCGGGGAGCAGGACAAUUAUCAGAAAGCAGCACGAUUCUCGAGCUCAGCACAGUAUCUGGCAGUCACCUCGUCAAACGGCUCGCUCUACAGCCUUACAUACCCCUCUCUACAGAACCAAUUUCCGCCCAUCACAGAAACAGCCUCGGACGACGACAGCGGUCGUGACCACGAAGUUCAGGAUGUGGACUACUCUCCGUCGGAAAAGUACCUCGCUUACACGACGCUAAAACGUGUUGUCUUGCUAUCGGCCUCGACGGGCGAGAAGAUUGCAGAAUACUUCCCUCCACCGGCUGCUUCAUUUCGAGGCGUGAGGUUUGCGAGCCACGACACGAUGAUUUUGGUUGCAAACGCCGCUCGUCGGGAAGGCGCUAGUAUCGUCAAAUUAGUGCUACCAGAUGACCUCGAGCUGGCAAAGCAGCAGGCUACUGCCCCGGUACGAACGGUUCGAAGUCUGCAUAGCGGGAUUAAAGCCGUGACCGCACUUGACUGCCGCGAGUCUCUUGCGUGUGUCGCGGGAGCAGAUCUGUCGGUAUCGAUAGUGCGCACGGAUUCGCUGCGAGAGAUCAAGAUCGUGCAGCUCGCGCACUCGUUCCCCGUCACGGCGAUCAGCAUCAACCCGUCGUGCACUGCCGCCGCUAGCGGGUCGGUCGCGCAGAGUCUGGUGGUGAUCAAUCUCGAGAAGAUGGUCGAGCGGUCGGAUAAGCGGCAGACGAUCAUGACGGUGGUGACGAGUUUGGUGGUGGUCACCGUUGUCGCGGUGCUGGUGCAGCUCGUGCUGCAGCACCAGGUCCUGCUGUCAGGAGGAAAGAAUGAGUCGGCCGGAGACGAGAGAUUGUGAAUAUUAGUCUGUGUGUGGUUUUGGACCAUGCUGUGUAAUAUAUUCUGAAGUGAAUAAAAGUUUUUCAGUGGUCUUGAGCGAUGGACGCGAAGUGUGUA